CAGAAGGACGUUGUUACUGUUCUCUUGGGAGUACUAGGGAGCAGUUAGUACCAGGAGAAACGGAGACCUGUGAGAAGCAAGUUUGUAAAGCAACGUAUGGCGCCUUUGUUACAGCUACUUGCAAGGUUCUCAGAAUCUGCAUUUGGUUCCUACGGAGUGUUUUCUAAAGGGCUUACAAGGACUUUGAUCAUUUUCUUCCAGCUAGCUUGGAGGCUACGGAUACGAUUUCCGUACUUCUAUAUGAUUACUUCUAUGAUGCUGAACGUGAGACUCCAGGUUCAUAUUGAAAUACACUGACACUUCAGACUUUCUUUGUAUUUCAUUGAAUGAAGUUUAUCUCUGCUUACAAGGACUAUCUUCAUUGUGCAUUAGCGGUGUACAUUCCAGAAGUAUAUGAUGAGAAACAUGAAGGAAGUUUACAAUGUUGUCACUGUUACUCAUCUGCCUAUGCAAGAAAAUAAAGAUGACUUUUUCCAUCAUGACUCGCAUUUUCAUAGAAGCAGCAUAAACCUUUGCGGUGUCUUGGAAUCAGACUGGGACUACAUUCCUCAAAUCAGCUGUUUAUGGCAGAACAGCGCUCCAACUGAUUUUAGGGCUACUUUGCUAAGACAAGCUGGCCCAUUGAAGCUUAGGAGUGUUACAUUUUUUAACGGUAAACUGUUGCUCUGUAUUCCAAAGAACAGUUUUAAGGAUUGUAGAAGGCAAACUGUGGAUCAUUUGGAAAAAAAUAAGUAUGACUGCAGUGUGGAGUGCACACAUCUGUCUGCUCAGAAAGGACAUUUGGAUGAAUUGCUUGAGUGCAUUAGUAAUGAAACUGUAGUUCAGUGGCUUACACGGGCUUGCAGCAUCCUGGAAGAACUGCCUGCUGCCACUCUGAAGACAGUUUUGUUCAUUUUACAAAUUCUUGGUUGCACAAGAUACCUCAUAAUAAGAAAGUGAAAUUGUUACAGCUAGAAAUACGAAUUCUUAAGGAUGAACUAGAUUUUGCUUUUAGAAACUUGGUAAAUAAGCAGUAUCAGCCAUCUGGCUUGUGCUCCAUACUUAAAAUAACACUGCUUGAAUAUCCCAAGAAGCUACUGCACAGUGAUAAACAGUACCUUUUCCUUGAUUAUCUCAACCUCAUGUUGUUGGAUAGAACAGAACUGUACAAGAUGUUUUGUAAUGUGACAUAUGCAAGCAGUAGCCCUCUGGUAGUUCACUGGGUACUUGCCAUCUGUGCUUUUGCACUUAAAAGUAUUUGGCAUGCUGUUAUGAAGGUCUCCUGGACAUUUGCAGCCUGUUAAGGAAUGCUGGAGCAUAUAAAGUCUUCCAUGGCAGGCAUUACACCUGUACCACUUGCUCAGAAUUUAAGACAAGAAACACUGGCUAAUUCCAUCAAAGAUCAGAUGUAAAACUGAAAUUUAGGCCUUUGGGAAGCAACAGUUUGGUUUUAAACAUAUUUCCUAAAGCAAGAUACAACUUGACAGCAAAAUACAAAUGCUUUGAAUGCAACUGUACUCAACUGUAGAGAACACCUCACACAGAAAACAAAUGUUUUAACCAUGUAAAUAUGGUGUUUGUUGCUGCUUAAGGAGUGAGGCCUGCUGUUCCGAAGUUCCACAUUAUGAGAAAUGUAUUGUAUUUGCCAUAAGAAACCUCUUUUGUUUUAGAGAGUCUCCUUAUGCAGAUGAUUUUCUUUCAUGAAUAAACAGAUUAGUCACUAGUACAGGUAGGGGAGGAAUUAGCGAGGCAAGCCUAAUAGUUUGUGUCGAAAUCUGAUGUAGUACUGAUGAAAAAUGUUAAUGAUCUCCAGAGGAAUGCAGUUGAAUGGCAUAAAGUUUGCUGAGAGAGCAGACCUUAUGAUGUUUUUGUAGGACCUCGUGCACCUUUCAUUGCUUUUGGGCCCACAUAAUUUAAUAACACCAAUCAUAUAGUGACGUAAUACCUAUUGAUUUUGUUGGGGAGGAGGGUGUCUUACUUCAUACACACAGCCUCUGAUUUUUCAGUCAUUUACUAAGGGAACAUAAAAUAAUUCUUGGUACUGUACUUCCUUCCCAGAACUAAAAAUGUCGCCUUUUAGCUUUAUUACUCUUGAUUUACCUUGUCUGUACCCAUUGUGUCACAGAUUCAUACCUGAAUGACCACAACUCUUCUUGCAUACCCUUGACUGGAUACUAAUUGUUGAAGUAUGGACUGCAAGAACUUGGCAUAUUUUUGUUAAUUUAACACAUUCCUUGAGCUGUAUUUACAAUGGUGAUAUAAAAAAAUAACAGAGCCAUUCCUAUUAUUAUAUUCUUCACAGUCAUGGCAACACAGAAUACAGAUUGGUGACAAGGGAAAGGCAGAUGCAUGGCUUGCAUUUGUUCCUUAACUGCAAGCUGGUGGUUGAUUAUGCAUAAGAUUAUUUUAACAUUUGAGAUUAUUCUUGAUUGUUCUAUAUUUUAAUUACUUGUAAGAGUAGGAGUAUGAAGAUAGGGGAAACUAUCUCACAUUUCUACAAAGCAGGGGUUUUUUUGUAUACACUUACAGAGGAAGAAUGUACGUUUAAGGCUGCUAUCUCAUAAGGUUACAACAGGUGUACUUGAUAGUGAAAUGAGUUACCACUGCUAGUGUUGCAGUUUUUACCCUUAGGUACGUUGUCACUGCAGUCACUGUUGCCUAAACAGAUUUGUUGGGAGACUCCUACUAAAACCCAGAAUGUUUCCUUCACUAUGAAAGGCAUUGUGUUACUUUUAUCGUUAUCUAAGUUCAUUUGUGACCAGUAUUUGGUAUACGGUGUAUAUGUGGCAUCUUACAUGACAAAACUUGGCUUUAUGUACAUGUUGCAGAUCAGUACUGCUGUUUUUCACUCUUGAGGUCCACUGUGAGCAAUUCAUUGGGACAGUAGGCUUAACAGUGACUCAUGCUGACUAUAUACUCAUUUGAAUAAUGCUCGGUUGUAGUACCUUAAGGCCCUGUCUAAAACCAAACACACUUUUGUAUUUUUUUAUUUUUUUUUAAUUAACUUUUCUCCAUUUCAUUGUUAAGAGCCAUUUUCUUUUUGUUUUGUUUUUUUAUCAGUGUGUAGUGAUAGAUGAUUCCACACAGUGCUACAACAAGCUAUGGAUUUUAGCUAACAUUUCUCACAGUAUCAUACAAGAGAUUCUGGUCUUUGGUUUUAAAGGGAAGCUCAGUUCCCAGCCAUUUGCUCUUCAUUGCUUUUCCUUGACUGUACUGCAGCUUUGUUUAAUGAUCAUUGUUAUUUGAUAGGCAAACAAUAUUCUGCACCAUUUGUCUUUCUAGUAUACAUUGUAUUGUCUUUUAUGCAGUCUUAAAUGAAAUGACCCAAGUCUAAAACACUUUGUUUUUUUACUAUUUUAAAUGCUGCAUUUAACUGCUGCUUAGUGACAGCACUAAUGCUAUUUAUUCAGGUUUUUAUUAUAUUGGUAUGCCAAAUGCAUGCCUUUCUUUAACUAUUUAUUGCACAUCUGUAAUGUACACAGAAAUAAAAAUACAGUGAAUACAGAA